CCAAACUAACCCUAAACCUCUUCUCUCAUUUUCUUCAACCUCUUCUCCGUCGAGUCACCAACUGAAUAAACCCCAUUACACCGAGUUUGGUUUCAACUCAAAACCCUAACUCUCCAAUGGAAGGGUUAAAGGUUUCAAAAUCCAACUUAGUAGUUUAUAUUCAUCCUUCUCAAAGCAAUCAAGUUUCUAAAGCCGUUCUUCGUGAACUCAGCACUUUACUUUUCACUUACGAUGAGAUUUUCGACGGCGUCGUUUUGGCCUAUUAUGUUGACUCACUCGACAAAUGCGCCAAGGUUCUUCCCGGUGUUUAUCCGUAUUUCGGUGUUAAUCUGAAGGUUAAUAUGUUGCUUUUUUCUCCAAAGCCAGACAUGCUUUUAGAAGGAAAAGUAGAGAAAGUUACGCCUGAGGUCAUUAUUGUUAUUGUGCUUGGAUUUGCUACUGCGAUUAUAACUGAGAAAGAUAUUAGGGGAGAGUUCAAAUUCACAAUGAAACAUGGGGUGUUUGCGAGCAAAUAUCACAAGCGACAUGUGAUAAAGAAAGGAACCAUGCUACGAUUUUCGGUCAAGAGCUUCGACGAGGAACAAAUUUAUGUUUACGGAUCUCUAGUUCCAGAUAACACAGGAAACAUACAAUGGUUGGAUAAGAACUUGGAAGUUGUUUCCCAUACUGACAGAAAAAUUUACAGGAGCACAAAAAAGAGAGAAAAUGAGGGGAAACCAUUAAGGUCAGAUAAAGAUGCUUUAGAACUUUCAACUGUUGACACUCCCCAAAAACUAAAAAUGUCGAAGAAGCAAAAAGUCAGAGAGGAAUCUUGAGUGCUGUAUUGGAAUCUUAUUCUGUAAUCCAACUUUUAUUCACAGAGAAGCUAGGUUUAUGGAUGGAAGAGUUUGGACUCGCUAUCUGAUAUUUAGGUAUAUUCUAUUUUUUCAAGUAAAUCCAACAGGGAAAACGAAUUGGCAUGUUAUCGUUGAUGGGGUUUACCUCAGUUUUGGGCAUAUAUGCAGUACUUGUUUCAAUUAGAUUCUUUUCGCAAUCUGUGAUUGUAAUUUGAGGAACAUUCUAGUUUAAAGUGUGAAUUUAGAAGCCUCGUACUGUCUUUUAUUAUUUUAAUUUUAAAGAAAUUUUAGGGUGCUAGACCCUUAAUCAGAAAGGAUAGCAAGAUUGGUAGACUGAGUGAGUUUGAUAAUUAGGUUUAUUAUUUGCCUUGGUUUGAUCAAUUACAGAUGAAUAAAUACAGAAAUUGUUUUCUACCUUUUUAA